AUCCUGCUGGAGAGGAUGGCUCGAUAAAAAAAAAAAAGGUUGCCAAAAUUUUUAAUAUUAUGCUUUAUUUGAUUGCUGUUCUUCGCAUGAAGUUGAUUUUUCAACACUAUAUGUAACAAACUCAAGAGGAUCAAUGUCUUUUCUUCGUUGGGUAUCUGAGAAACUGAGUGUGGAGAGCCUGCGGGAUUUGGAGUUAUUCGGAGAGCAAGCUCAGGGACUCUCACACAGGAAAGUCCAUGAGGACAGUCAGGAGAGUCUGAGCUCGCUGCCCCGUCCAGACACCAUGGGCAGCUUCCUCCCGGACAGCGGCUCAUACGAACUCCUCGCUGUUAUCGGGAAGGGUUUGGAUGAUUUGAUGACUGUGAACCAGGCUCGGUACAGACCUACUGGGGAGCACGUGGCCAUUCGGCGGAUUGACUUGGAGUCCUGCACGAACGACAUGGUGACCUAUCUGCAGGGUGAACUACACGUGUCGAAGCUGUUUCAUCACCCCAGCAUUCUCCCAUACAAGAGCGUCUUUAUAGCUGAGAAUGAGCUGUGGGUUAUCACACCAUUCAUGGCUUAUGGGUCAGCCAGAGACCUCAUCUGCACACAUUUUACAGACGGUAUGAGUGAGCUGACUAUCGCAUACAUUCUGCUGGGCAUGCUGAAAGCCCUGAAAUACAUCCACCACAUGGGAUACGUGCACCGGAGCMUGAAAGCCAGCCACGUUCUGAUCUCUGCAGAUGGUCAGGUCUGCAUGUCGGGUCUGCGGAGCAUCUUCAGUCUGAUCCGUAACGGCCAGAGGGCCAAAAUGGUCCACGACUUCCCUCAGUACAGCYUAAAGGUUCUGCCCUGGCUGAGCCCAGAGGUGCUGCAGCAGAAUUUACAGGGCUACGACUCGCGCUCCGACAUCUACAGCCUUGGAAUCACAGCCUGCGAGCUGGCCAACGGACACGUYCCCUUCAAAGACAUGCCGGCCACGCAGAUGCUCCUGGAGAAACUAAACGGGACGGUUCCGUGCUUGUUGGACACCACCACCAUCCCGCCYGAGGAGCUGUCCCUGAAGCCGUCCCGCUCCGGAGCCGAUUCCGGGAUCUGCGAGGGUCCGAGGCCGGGCGGGGUUCGGCACACGAACGGAGAGCCUUCCUCGUCGURGUCGGGGGGACAUCCCUACAACCGAACCUUUUCCCCUCAGUUUCACAACRUCGUCGAGCUGUGUCUGCAGCGAGAGCCGGAGAACAGACCCUCUGCCUCCACUCUCAUCGGGCAUCCUUUCUUUAAACAGAUCAAACGUCGGCCGUCAGAGGCGCUGCCCGAGCUCCUGCACCCCGUGGCUCCCAUCUCCUGCUUCGAGAGCCUCCAGCCGCAGGAUUCUGUCUCUGGAUUGGCGAGUCUGGAGUCUGGUUUUAGCCACCUGGAAGUGGACGACUGGGACUUCUGACAGCUGUGAUUGUGUCGCUAAAGCAGAAAACGGGAUUUCAUCUUCUCCUUUUUUGAAUGUUAAAGGAGUCUAAGAGGUUAAUAGUUUUUUUUGUUUGUUUUUGGCGUCUCGCUCACUUUUGRUUUAAUGUUCAAACUGCACUGAUGACCUCGCUCACAUCUUCACAGAAUGUACUCUACACGGUAGAUGUUCACACUUUGAGUUUUAUUUCAGAAAUCUAAAAAGGUCAGGAGAUGUUUUGCUGCGAAGCUGCUACUAAAUAAUCAGACUCCACCUUUCCUGUUAACGUUGAUUCAGUCCAUCUGCUCACCAGGACACCCAGCAGCUCUUACUGCCAGCUCUGCUGGUCCAGAUGGAUGCUUGUCUGCUCUGACGGUCAAACAGCAUGMAAAUGCAUUUCAUAGCUUUGUAUUUGUUACAGCAUAAACUGCAGCUCUGUUUGAACCGUCCACUCAUGUAUGUCUGUUAUAGUGACCAGAGGGACGUUUCAAAAGCAGCUGUUUGCUUCAGACUUUGGUUUCGUUGCAGAGGUUUGAAGGUUUGAAUUUUCUCGACCUCUCUGCUUGUUUGUCGUGUUAAAACAAAGCAAAUGUUUCACCGGUGCUCGUUUUGUCUGCAUGUUUAUUUGAAAGUGGGGGCAAAGCAACGUGUUGCAAAUAUAWAUCUUUUUACAAUCAACUCUGUACAGCAACAUGAUGGUACAAAAGAGCUGUUAACCUGGUCAUAUAAAAAAAAAAAGUCAACAUGGACACAAACAGAGGGUUAAAAAGACGACUAAUCGUCUUCGUCUGACGGCGGCAUGUCCGCUGCUGCGUUGCGUUUCUCCAUCUUGGCYAUCAGCUCUGGAAUAAAUGUAAAUAAAAACCAAAAACCAUGAA